CUGGUUAGCGCUAACCGUUGGUUAAGAGGUAUCAAAAUGUAUAGGUUUCCAUGGUAUUUAACGCUGGUUAGCACUAACCAUGCUUCGAGCAACCCGGGCCAGGUUGUGAAAAUUGCAACAUUUCUGUCAACAACGGAGAUUAUCGCGUCGAUUUCAGCCGUGUGAUUAUUAAUAUUAUUUUCCAAAAUAGCAUUCUUAGAUACCAACUUUGGCCUCCUUUUUCUUGGCCUCUUUUUGACGAAAAUGCUUCAUUUUUGGAAUUUGAGUUCAGGUUAAGAGUACAUUUCAAAUAAGUGAUUUUAUAAGCAUGAUCACAUAAUUUUUGACUUUAUAGCAGCUCUAAUGCCUUAAUUGGAAGCAUUAAGAAGACCCUCAGAGAUUUUUUUAGCGUUGUUUAAAAUCUAACAGCACUAAGCUUUCUGUGGGAGAUAGAUGCAAAGGACAUUGCAUAAUCUGCCAUGUACCAAAAUUAAUAUUGUGACCUCUUCUGCAUUAUUUUAAUACCAAUACUUCUGCACCUGUGAGAAUUCCUGAUUUUUCUUUUUUUUCUUCAAGAUGGAAUCCAUCAGGAAAUUGAGUAAUUUUAAUUCUCAGUGUACAAAAACCUUGUACCAGAAUAAUUUAAGCCAUAUCGCAUUCCUUUUUACACUUUUCAAGGGCUAUAGAUAUAAUAUAUUAGUUUUCUGUAAUAACACCAAAUAAAUUUUUUUGGGGAGCACAAGAAAAUAAAUUUCAAGUUUCACAGGAAUUGUGAAAACACGUGUUGGUAAAAUUUCAUGGGGAAGAGUUCAUUUUGAGAAAUUGAGAGCCUUUGAAAGUUGUUUUCUCAGGCUCCCAUGAUAAAUUUUCUUUGGUGUUAUUACAUAUAACUGAUUGUGUCUAUAGCCCUUGGAGACUGUAAAAAAGAAUGCAAUGUGCUUUAAAUUAUUCUGGUACUAGGUUGUUGUCCACUAAAAAUUACUCAAUUUCCUAAUGGAUUCCGUCUAUUAAAACUCUCUCUGAUAGUUUACAGAUACUCCUUACAAGACUAUUUUGAAUGACGCUGCACUCAUUUUAUUACACUUUAAUUCUCCAUAAGGCAGAUGCUUCUUUGAAGGGACAGUCUUUGGGAUUUAAUUAUUUUAUGCUAACUUCAAUUUUAAUGGAAGAGUUAUAGUCAAUAAUAUUGACCUCCACAAAGAGUGGUGCAGUCUUUUGCAUCACUCUAAAAUCCGUUAACUAAAAAAUUAUGCAUGAAACGUUUUGUAGUAAGCUAAGCUACAUUGUCCCUGAUGGUAAGCUUCUUAAACUUUUUUGUAGACAUGUUAAAGACCUAAUAAUUCUAACAGCAAUAACUCAAGGACUUGCAAUUUUCACAGACUAUAUGUGGCUUAUUAUGCUUCUGGUGAGUAAGUCUUUUUAG